AGGCCAAAAAAUCGAGCGGAAGUAGAAACAAAUCCACAGAAAGCGAAGUGAAAUGAAAGCAGCACUAUCCACACUGAUCAGCUCCAAGACUCUCAGCCCUCACCCCUCUUCUUCUUCUUUCUCUCGCGCCUUUUGGCUUCAACCAAAGACCCUCUCCAACUCACCCUCCUUCAUUACCCUUAUCCCCUCCAAGACCCUCACCACCAACAAUUACUCCCGUCUCCGCCUCAAUCAUCGCAAGUCCCUCACCUCGUCGAUAAUGGCCUCCGCUUUCAAGCCCGAAGAAGCCAGGGUCCCACCUGCCCUUCCCUUGCCCACUCCUCCGGUCAACAAGUUUAAGAUUGGACUGUGCCAAUUGUCGGUGACGGCCGAUAAGGAGAGGAACAUUGCUCAUGCUCGCAAGGCCAUCGAGCAGGCUGCCGCACAGGGUGCUCAGCUGGUUCUCCUACCUGAAAUAUGGAAUGGCCCAUAUUCAAAUGAUAGCUUCCCAGUGUUUGCUGAGGAUAUUGACGCUGGUGGGGAUGCAUCUCCUUCGACAGCCAUGCUUUCUGAAGUUGCUCAGCGCCUGAAAAUCACCAUUGUUGGUGGAUCUAUAUCAGAGCGUUCCGGUGAUCGGCUGUACAAUACUUGCUGUGUCUUUGGUACUGAUGGAAAGCUGAAAGCUAAACAUAGGAAGAUACACCUCUUUGAUAUUGAUAUCCCUGGGAAGAUUACCUUUAUUGAAUCAAAGACUCUUACAGCAGGGCAAACUCCUACCAUUGUGGACACAGAAGUUGGGCGUAUUGGCAUAGGCAUUUGUUAUGACAUUAGGUUCCAGGAACUAGCCAUGAUCUAUGGAGCAAGAGGUGCUCACUUGAUAUGCUAUCCUGGGGCUUUUAACAUGACCACUGGGCCAUUGCAUUGGGAAUUGUUGCAGAGAGCAAGGGCUACAGAUAACCAGCUAUAUGUGGCAACUUGUUCACCUGCUCGAGAUGCCGGAGCUGGUUAUGUGGCAUGGGGCCACUCCACCCUUGUCGGACCAUUUGGAGAAGUGCUGGCAACUACAGAACAUGAAGAGGCAAUAAUCAUAACUGAGGUUGAUUAUUCACUCCUUGAGCUUAGAAGAACAAAUCUCCCUUUACUGAAGCAGCGGCGAGGUGAUCUUUACCAGUUGGUAGAUGUUCAGAGGUUUUAGCAGAUGUUCUUUCCUGUUUCCUGGGAAGGUGGGGUUUUGGAGCAGACUCCAUGGGGAAACUCAGUUUGCCAGACACUGUGAAAUGGGAUGUUCAAUUCCAGACUUCCAGACUUCAAUAAGACUGUGAGUAGGACCUCUUCAGCAGUCUUGGGCCCUGAAUUUGAAUUGGAACGGACAAAAUACACGGGCCAAAAUGGAAAUGAAGUCCACGUGAAGAUGGAGACCCCAGGAAUCAGUACAAACUUACAAAGGGCACGUGGGUACAGCAUGGACAAAGCCCUCUAGUAGACCUCAGGUAGUAGAGCCCGGUCAUCAAUCUACUAGACAUUAAAUAGUACAAGUUGGUAUAAUAGUACUAGUAGGUAUAAGCUAGUAGACCUCAAGUAGUAGAGCCCGGCCUUCAAUCUAGUAGACCUCAAGUAGUACUAGUUGGUAUAAUCUAUAGUAAAUUACCAUUAACCUACGCUUUUUUUCU